AUGUCAUCCGAGCGUCUUUUCAUUCCCAACUAUCCCUGGAGCAGAGCACUCGGCGGAGGUGGAUACGCCGCUACAUUCGACCACCUUUACCAGACCGCUGCUGUGGGAAAAGGAUUCGUAGCUAUCGGUACAGAUUCUGGCCAUCCCUCUGGUAUGACGUCCGCUUUCGACACUUCCUGGGCCCUCGACGCAGAUGGCAACAGCAAUACCCGUCUCAUCGAAGAUUGGGGAUUCAGAACAUUAGGGGAAAUGAGUGUGAUUGGAAAACACAUCGUCGAGGAAUACUAUAAUCGCUUGCCUGAUUAUGCGUACUUCACCGGCUGCUCAGGGGGAGGAAGACAAGGGUUGGUGUUGGCGCAGCGAUAUCCGAAAGCUUUCGAUGGCAUACUGGCUGCUGCACCGGCUAUCAAUCUCGAGACGUUUAUUCCUGCUGCGUAUUGGCCUACACAGGUGAUGCGUGAGUUAAAAGUCUACCCAGCUCCCUGCGAGAUUGAAGCGUUUACUGUUGCUGCGAUCCAGCAGUGCGACGCGCUCGAUGGAGAUGAAGAUGGAACUAUCUCGAUGCCAGAGUCUUGUCAUUUCGAAGCUUCGAGGCUGAUUGGCAAAGAGCUUUCUUGUGAUGGCGAGCAGAGGAGGUUUACAAAGGAAGCGGCGAUGAGCGUGCGGUAG